CAGAAGAAGUACCACCGCGAUUCCAACAACAAAGGACGCCAGCUCGUGUGUAUUUUUAGUUUCGUAUUUAUUUUUAUUUUUCUUGGGGGGGGGAAGGGGUGAUCAAAGACCGAGGAUAUCGUGAGAACAUGGUGAUGGUAACGGCAACGAGCGGGGGCGCCCAGAAACUGCUCCUGAUCUCCGGGAAGCAGAGCGGCGGCGGCGGCGGCUCGACGGCGAGCUUCGGCCGCCCCAUCUCGGUGGUCCUGCCGCCCUCCCCCAGCCAAGCGUCGUCGGACUCCGAGUCGAGCAGCUCGGCGGGACAGCCGGUCCGCAAAAGGCAGCGGCUCACACACUUGAGCCCCGAGGAAAAGGCGCUCAGAAGGAAACUGAAAAACCGAGUGGCAGCCCAGACCGCCAGGGACAGAAAAAAAGCCAAAAUGGGCGAACUGGAGCAGCAGGUCCUGGAGUUGGAACUGGAGAACAAAAAGCUUCACAUUGAGAACCGGCUCCUGCGAGAAAAAAACAAUGGGCUGCUGACUGAAAACGAUGAGCUCAAGCUAAGACUUCGGCUGUACAGCCUCGACACAAAGGAGAAGGUGUCGGUGUCGAAUGGGAUGUCGAAUGGGAAAGAAGCAGGUUUGGGACUCGGGUCUUCUGAGCGCAGCACUCAGGCUACGUGUGCCUCUGCAGCAGGUGCAGACCCAGCAGUCCCAAAACCUGAAAACUUCCCAAUGGAUACAGAUGGUCCUGAUGCUGCAGACAAUGAGUCUGAUCUGCUGUUGGGCAUUCUGGACAUCCUUGACCCGGAGCUUUUCCUUAAGUCCUGCGAGGAGCCGCCGGUGCUCCUGGUCGGCGGCGGGGAGCCAGUACCUGCCGCCGCACCUGCGCCUCUGGGGCCCCCAUCAAUUAAGCUGGAGACCCUUAAUGGACUGAUCCACUUGGAUCACAUUUACACCAAGCCGGCAGAGGUGGCCGCGGAAGACGCCAAGGAAAGCGACGACGGCGCGCUGGCUUUCCUUCCCGUCGCCGAGGUGGUGGUGGAGGACGAGGAGGACGUCUGCGUCAAAGACGAGCCGGAGGAAGUGCUCAUCCCCAGACAGAUGGACGACUUCCUCUGCGUGCCCGCAGCCGCCGCCUCCUCCACCUCCAGCUCGCCCGCCCUCAGUGGCGCCGACAAGGAAGCCUGCCCGGCGGACGCCCACAGCGACUCUGGAUACGAGGGCCCCCCGUCCCCCUUCAGCGACAUGUCGUCCCCGCUGUGCUCCGACAGCCCCUGGGACGACAUGUUUGCCAACGAACUCUUCCCCCAGCUCAUUAGCGUUUGAACACUCUCGCCAUUCGCCCCGAAAAUUGAUCCGACCUACCGCCGGAGGCGAGCCCGAACCUCCGUUGUUACAAUCGUGUGAAUUUCCGCUUUUCUGUGUGUGCGCGCGCGCGUGUUCAUUGUCCAAUCGAAAGUGCUGAAAAUGGCCGGCGCUCUUUGACGAUGCACCGCAGAUUGGGAAACAAACGUGCCGUUCUUUUGGGGGGAGUCUCCUGAAAAGCGACAAUUUAGGAAGCGCGCUCGACGCCAGCGCUGAUAUCGGCGCUAACGUGUAAGCCUCACCUGUUGGUAUUUGUGGCCAAGCGCACGAUGGAGCUCCCUUUCACUUUACAGCAGGUCUGUAGCGCUCGCCAUGCCGCAAUGGCUCGUGGGAGAUGGAGUUUGCUUCAAGUAUUGAAAAGUGGACUGGGGAAAGAUGGAAAGAAAAUGGGGGGGGGGGUCCCAUUUAAAUAGGAAAUACUAUUUAUUUGUGUCAUCUGAUUUUGGGUCGCUGUAUGUCUGCCUGUAUGCAAAUGUUGACCGCUUUCCUUGUAGUCUUACUGCAUUAAAAAAAAACCUCUGCAUUGCAA